GUAAAUCUAGACUGUAAUUCUGUAAUAUAUCAUUGGACCUCGUAAAACCGACACUAAAACUUCUUGGCAUAUAAAUCACUUCUUAAAUUAUGAGUUCAUUGUAUUACGCGAACGCAUUGUUUUCCAAAUACCAAGUGGCGAGUUCAGUCUUCUCUAGUGGCGUGUUUCCCGAGCAAACUUCUUGCGCCUUUUCGUGCAGUUCGCAACGGGCCAGCGGCUACGGCUCGGCUUCUAGCGGUGCACCGGUCUCGUCCGCAUCUUCUGUCUCUCUGCCGAGUAUGUACACUAACGGUGCUAGUCUUUCCAGCCAGACUCAAGGCAUGUACCCCACUGCGUAUGAGCUGGGAGCUGUCUCUUUGAACAUGCACAGCUCUCUGUUUGACCAUCCGAAUCUACCCAUGGUGAGCGCUGGCGAUCUCUGUAAAGCGCAAAGCAGUGGUAAGGAAGAGCAGAGGGGCCAUCAUCAAAACAACGAAAACAACCUCCGAAUCUAUCCGUGGAUGAGGAGCACAGGUGCGGACCGGAAAAGAGGCCGUCAGACAUAUUCCCGCUAUCAAACAUUAGAGCUGGAGAAAGAAUUCCACUUCAACCGUUACCUCUCACGGCGGCGGCGUAUAGAGAUUGCACACGCCCUGUGCUUGACCGAACGCCAGAUUAAAAUCUGGUUUCAAAACAGAAGGAUGAAAUGGAAGAAAGAGAACAAAUCAACGGGCCACAGCUCUCCUGCUGCUGACCAAAUCGAGGGCGACGAGGAAGAGGAAGAUGAGUAGCAACGCAAGUGGCAUACAAAUAGACUGCGCUGUAUAUUAUCGAUUCGAACUCGUUUAAUUCAGGAUUCUCUGAGUUGAAACAAAAAUGCUACUUAGAAUACCGUGGGCAAAAUGUCAAUGUCGUUUACCAAAGUAACUUGUGUUAGAUCAGUUGUGUGUCCAAUGUAUUAGACUCGUAAAUAUUGUAGGCUAAUAGAUUAUAAGUAAUUCUAAAAAGCAUUCUAAUAUCGAUAUACAAUACAUGUAUACUCAUACUGUAUAGCCUACAUUAUAUGGGCUAUACAUAGGCUUAAUAUUGGAGUUAAUAAUACUACCGUAUAUAUAAUAUAUUUGAAACAUACAGGCCUAUUUUGUGCCUAGUCACAGCGGGGUGAAACACAGAAGGGAGUAAGCUAUUUUUUUUUUAUUUUUUUUAUUUUUUUGCAUUCUAACACAUUUUGAUAUAGGCCUAUACCUGUUAUGUAGGCUUAUCUAGCUGUACAUUUUUGUAUGUAUAAGCAUUUUCCCUGUUCAUAAGUGUUCAAAUAAACUGUACUGCUGACCACAA